AUGGUCUCUCACUCUCUCUCUCUCUCUCUCUCUUUCUUUUUUCUCACUCUUUCUCUCUAUCACUUUCUCCCCCUCUCUCUUUCUCCCCACCCUGUCUUUGAUUUAUCUCUCUCUCUCUCGAUUUUCUCUUUCCCUACUUUUCACUUUUUUCACUCUUUCUCUCUCUCUCUCUUUGAUUUCCCCUCUUUCUCAUCUCUUACCCCUUAUCUCUUUGUUUUCUUCCUUGACUUGAUCAUUCUCUUUCUUGCCUCCCUUCACUCCCACCUUCCUAUUUCUUCUCAUUCCAUCCGCCCGUCUUGUCUCUCGACUUCGAUGUCUCUUCAUUUAUCUCAAUUACAAACGCACUCGACGCUUGCCCAGAGCCACAUCGCCGCCAACGAAUCAACCUCUGAUUCAAGCACUUCUCUAAACCCGUUCCCCCUAAACAGUCUCUCUCCACAUUCUCCUCUCUCUCUCUCUCUCCCCUCUCUAUCAUUUUCGCACUUUCUUUCUUUGUCCGCCGCCGUCUCUUCUUCCUAUCUUACUAUCUGUUCCACUCUGAUCAUGUUUUGUCUCUCUCUCUCUCUCUCUCUUUCUUUCUCCUCUUUCUCCCUCUUUCUUUCUGUUUCUCUGACCCCUCCUCUCUCUCUCUCUCUCUCUCUCUUUCUCAUUUUUCUCUCUCGUUCUCACCCUUUCUCUAUUUCUGUCUUUCUUUUUUCUCUCUCUCUCUCUCUCUCUCUAUCUUUCUCUCUAUUUUUCACUCUCCCUUUCUCGUUCUCUCUCUCUUCCCUCUCACCCUUUCUCUCUCUCUUUCUCUUACUCAUUCUCUCUUUCUCUCUCUCUCUCUCUCUCUUUUUCAGUCUCUCUAUUGUAUCUGAUUAUAUAGGUUCAAUAUAUUUUGCCCAAGUUUAUUUGAUGAUAUUGUAA